CAGCCGCUCCGCCGCCCGUUGCCGCCCGGCCCCCGCCCCGCCGCCGCCCGGCUGCGCUCCGUCCGCCCGGCCGGAAGGAUGUGCUCCCGGAAGUUCCGGUGCUGCCGCUGUGUGGGAUAAACAGUAAUGGCGGAGGCGGUGGCUCUGGGAACAACGGCGGGCGCUGCGGCGGCUGCGGCCCUGGGAACAUCUGCUGCAGCGGAUGCGGGAGCGAUGGCCGCAGCCUUCGACUUUGCAGCCUUGCCGCCACCCGUCGUGGGGCCGGGAGGAGGCGGCUGGACCAAGCAGGUCACUUGCAGAUAUUUCAUGCAUGGAGUUUGCAAGGAAGGAGACAACUGUCGCUACUCCCAUGACCUCUCCACUAGUCAGUCUGCCAUGGUGUGCAGGUAUUAUCAGCGAGGAUGCUGUGCUUACGGAGAUCAUUGCAGGACACCUCGUGCAUACCAUACGUGGGACCCUCUGACAUAUGGACCGAGUGAGGACGCUUCCAUCAAUCUAUACGAACAUACCAAGCCACUGAAACAGGAAGAAAUGACUGAUGUGAAUCCAGAUGAAACAAUUUAUCCCUCAGUAUCCUCAGACUUUGCAUCACUCCCUGAAACAGUUGAAGAAAUUCUUGCUGAGAUAGAAGAUGAAAAUGUAGAUCUGGCAGCUGCAGGAGUAGGUGCUGAAGACUGGGUGAAUGCUGUAGAGUUUGUCCCUGGGCAGCCAUACUGUGGACGUGCUGCUCCUUCCUGCGCUGAAGCACCCUUGCAGGAAAUGGUGAUUGAGGAAGAAUACGAAAAGCAGCAAGUGGAUGUGGAGAUAAAGAAGGAGCUGUGCCCCUACGCUGCGGUAGGAGAAUGUCGUUAUGGAGAAAACUGCGUGUAUAUCCAUGGGGAUGUGUGUGAUAUGUGUGGACUGCAGGUCUUGCAUCCAAUUGAUGCUGCGCAGAGAUCUGAGCACAUAAAGUCUUGCAUUGAAGCUCACGAGAAGGACAUGGAGCUUUCAUUUGCCGUCCAGCGUAGUAAAGACAUGGUGUGCGGGAUAUGCAUGGAGGUGGUGUAUGAGAAAGCUAAUCCUAGUGAGCGCCGCUUUGGGAUCCUCUCCAACUGCAGCCACACUUACUGUCUCAAGUGCAUCCGCAAGUGGAGGAGUGCUAAGCAAUUUGAGAGCAAGAUUAUAAAGUCCUGCCCAGAAUGUCGGAUCACAUCUAACUUUGUCAUUCCAAGUGAGUACUGGGUCGAGGAGAAGGAAGAGAAGCAGAAACUCAUUCAGAAAUACAAGGAGGCAAUGAGCAACAAGCCAUGCAGGUAUUUUGACGAAGGCCGUGGGAGCUGUCCAUUUGGAGGAAACUGUUUUUACAAGCAUGCAUAUCCUGAUGGCCGCCGAGAGGAGCCACAGAGACCCAAAGUGGGAACAUCGAGUAGAUACCGGGCCCAGCGGAGGAAUCGGUUCUGGGAGUUCAUCGAGGAGCGAGAGAACGGUGAUCCGUUUGAGACCGAUGAGGAUGAGGUGGUGACCUUUGAGCUUGGUGAGAUGUUGCUUAUGCUGUUGGCAGCAGGAGGUGACGAUGAGCUGACGGAUUCCGAGGAUGAGUGGGACUUGUUUCAUGAUGAGCUGGAAGAUUACUAUGACUUGGAUCUAUAGCACCUGUCAGUGGAGUGUGGACUGUCGUCUUGGCUUCAGGCAGUAGCUAUUACCUGUGGUGUUGUGGCAGUGCCUGUGUUUCUCCUAGGCAGGCCGAUCAAUUCCAGGUGCUGUUGUAAUAACUUUUACCCAGGGUCUGUCUCUUCCCAUCCCCUCCCACCCCAGGAGUGUUGUUUUUCCUCUGUUUAAAUGAAUAACAAGAAAUAAAUCUUUAAAAUGUUAGUUUUUGUAAAAAUGAAUUUAACUGUCAAACAGUUAGCUUAGGUUUGUUGCUUCAUCUGUGUACCCAACAGAGUUCACCCAGUUCCAGGGUUAAAGUGUUUACAGGACUUCCACACUCAUUUUGAAGAGCCCAGAUACAAAAAUGAGCAGUGGCCAUGCAGUGGGGAUGUAAAUUGGCUGAUGGCCUCUCUUCUGUCUUUGUACCAAUAUUUCUGAUUUCAGGCCAGAUACAAAUACUCUCUUUCUGGCAUCAGCUCCGUUCCAGCCCCCUCAUGUACACAUCUUCAUUUGUGAUUUUGGUCUCUUGUUUACUUGCACAUUACUAUUACUACUGUGUAACCAGAACCAGGUGUGAACGUUCUGGGUUUUUACUGUGUUUAGCAUGAAAGGAAAAUGUCUUUGUGAAAGGAGAACUCUCUAUGUGUAUAUACAGAUAAAUGUAGAGUUGGACCUCAAGGAUGGGGAGACUCUGUGUAAGUUAAAAAUAACAAAACCAUCUUUCAUCCCCUCUUGGUGCAUGAAAUCUAGCCUCCAAUUGGACAUGAAACUGGUUCAGUGGUCUCAGCUCAGUCUGUGGCAGUGAUCUUUACUAUCGCUUAAUAGAUGGCACUCCCUAGUACACCAGCUCUCUUUCAUGUGUAUGAUUAGGGUUGUCCAGGAGCAGAAAUCCGGUUAGCCAAGGUGGGGUCAGAGGAACACCAGAGAGGCCCCUUUAGCUUUAUUGCUCUGUAAGUUUUAGAACUUGGUGUAACCACUUAAGCUGCAAGCUUUGCUAGGAAAUCGCUAUGCCUCUCGGCUGGUUUGAGGUACAUGUGCCUCAUGGCAUCUGAGUUGGGCAGGUUGCCUGGUAAAGCUGUUCAGCUUAUGUGCGUUACUGCUUACAAAGGCAGUCAUGCAGUUUCUGGCUGUAAUGUGCAUUGAGAAAUUACUUUGCCACCAAAGCCCCAGCACAGAAAUUUUAACCUUGCAUUACAUUAUUGCUGUUUUUUAUUGACUUGUGGAUGCCCCGUGAUCUGUUCUCCUGCUGCUCUUGUCCCCUAGACUGCCUCUCCUUUCACUUUUAAAUGGAAUGAGAAAUUGUUCUGAGGUCUAUAACGUAUUGUUUUGCAGCUGCCUUUUGUAAGAAGCACUUUUCCCAAAUAAAAAAAUCAAAAAAAAAAUUAAA